AUGGAGGCUGACAAGUCCCAAGAUCUUCAGUCAGCAAGCCAGACCCAGAAGAAAGCAACAGGAAGGGAGGAAGACGGGGAGAGAUCUUCCUCCUCCAACCAACGAAGAGAGGCCGGCUGCCCACCGGGGCCGGACAGCUACCCCGACCCGAAGCGGCCACCCGGCUCCCGGGCUGCCCUUGCCCUCGGGGCGGCGGGAGCCAGCCGGGCCGCGGCAGACCCGGCGCUGCGGAGAGAGCGUCUGCGGCCCAGUGGGGCCGCGCUCCUAACUCCCAGGGCCUCCUGCGGCAGCCAGGCGGGAGCGGCAGCUUCUCCCGCCUCCCUGCCGCUCGCCCGGCUUCCAGGUUCAAUAAGGAUUACAUCAUGGAGCAAGUAUGCGGGGCAGCCUGAGAAUCAAAGCCGUCACAAUCAGAGGCUGGUUAACUGUCACACAGGUCUCCCAAACCUAAAAAGUGAAGAGGCCCAUUGUGCGAGGAGCAGUAAACUUACUUUUUCUGCUGGGUGGGGCUCGGGGCCCAGUCAAUGGGGCGCCCCGCAGCGCGGGCUGAGUGGAGCUAGCGCGAACCGCUCAGCCGCGGCCCCAAUUAAUCCGCCCUUUGUGCGGCCCGCCCGGCCGCCCCCGCCGCCGCAGCACCAGCGACCCAUUGUUCGCCUCGCCGGGCCGCGGGAUUUACCCUUUUCAAACAGCCGGUUUUGUCCAGGGCAGUUCGAGCGGAAGUUUCUCACUGACAAUUUGCCCCAAAUAGAUAGAUUUGUCAGAAACGACCUUCGGGAAGGAAGCAAAAAGCCACCGGCCCGAAGGUUGGGCCGGAGACGGGGACUGGACGUCCCUUCCGCGGCAGCGCUGCCCUCCGCGCCCCGAGCCGGGCCGCCCCAAACCCCGGCGGGGGUCCCCAGCGCCCCCCCCCCGCGCACCUGCUGAGCCAGAUACUCCGCGGACCUGACCUCCAUUUACCCAUCUGUAAAAUGGGACCGCUUGGCGCUGGCAAGCCGUAAGUCCAGAGCUUUGGGUCAAUUCGCGUGGAUAACGUUCAUUUCCUUUCUGUCUCCCCACUUCCUUUUUUAAAACCUCUAAGCAAAGAAAAGAGAAAACAAAAAACCUGACGCGGACGCGGCCUCGGCGACGUUGUGAAAAGACCUUGAAGGUGGGUCUUGGUAACAAGUUCCGGAUUGUGCACGUGCUGUUUUCUCUUCUGCCCUCUGGCUCCUCCUUAACAAAGAUGUCAACCGUGCUAAAUCACAGGUGGUGUCUUUGUAAGACCGGCUAUUGUCCCCUCAUAAGUCAAGAUAUAAAACGCUUUGUACUGAAUGGCCCAUGAUCUGAAGCUCUCAACUUGGGAGUCAGGCUGUUAAAUUUUUUUUUCCCACCCACCACCAGAGCCGCUCUUCUCUCAAAUGACCUCACUUAAUAAGCAAAAUCGAAAUGGGGAGGAAAAAAAAAAAACCAACAUGCUGUUGAUGAAAAGAAUAGUUACUGAUUUCUUCACACUUAAUGGCAAGUAUGAGUCUUUUAAAAUACAGUCUCAUACCAAACAGAUCUGUGAAUUUUAAGCAGAACUGAAUUGUAUUAAUCAGUUGAUGGAUUUGUUCAUUUUCUAUCACGAGAGGAGAAAUACGAAGGUUGGGACCCCACAGCGGCUAUUUCUACUGUACUUAGGCAAUCUCUUUCUUUACUCCAGAAAAUUUCCUGCUAGUUGUACAUGAGAGAAAAAUUGAAACAAAAAAAAAAAAUCUGGUUUUUGUUUAUCCAUCAGGUGAAUACACAAUUCAGCAUCAUACAGAGGAAACCCUAGGUGGUCUUUAACAAGAUUUCAGUGGCUAAGAGCUACAAUUUAGAGAAGAUGACAAUACAUACACAGUGUCAAUAGUAUUUAAACAAACAUCCCAGACAACAGAAUAAUGGUUAUUAACUAUGAUGCUUUGGGCUUCUGACUAAUUUCCCAUGCCUGUCUGCAGCCAAACAGCUGCAGGAUUUUCCCCCUUUAAAACUGUUUAUGUGCAUCAUUUUAAAAAUUGCAUUUAACAGCCAUAUCCUUCAGAACAGUCCCUCUGUGUGGAACAGAAGUGAAUGGCUUAGUAAUAAUGAUGAAGCCAGUAGCAAGAAUGUCUUUCAUGCCAAAAGGACUCUAACCACUCUGCUAGAAACCUACUCCUUCAAAAGCUUCUACACCUCUCUGAAAUGUGGACAGCUGUCUGACGUUGUAUGCCCUGCAGUAUGGGUUGACAUGUCUAAAUAAAGGGAGUUCUUUAACCC